AUGAGUAAAGACUUCAUUCAUCCUCCUUGCAAAAGAUUCGGAAGAACUGUAUUUGAGAAUACUGGUUUCAAUACAGUUCGUGCUCAUCAUAGUCUUCAAAAAGAUGGUUGUACUAGAAUGGAAUCCUUAGUAAAUGAUAAUAUGUAAAUAAAAAUAGAAAUUUUUGGCAAGGAAGAAUUGUAAAAUUGAUGCUUCAAUAAUUUUGAUGGGACCUAAGAAGCAUAAUAUUUUGAGAUUUAAACCGAAUAAAAAUCUCUGCAUCAAUGGUUGGGAUUAUGGCGAGAGUAAUUUGAGUUAACAGAAUUAGAGUAAUAUGAAACGAAGGAACCAAAUAGAGAUACUUUAAUUGAGUAGAUUCGUAAUGGAGAUGAGAUAAUGAAGAAAUUAGAGGAUUACGAUGACAAGAUGAGAGAAAAAAAUUUAUAUAACUUUGGAUAUUAGGAUAGAUUUGUAUAAUUAAUAAGUAAUCAAUUUAAAUUACCUUAAAAUAAAGAAUAGAAGAUAUAAAAAGUAAAAUGUUAUUAUUAAUUAGAUCUUAGCAUUAAAAAAAUAGAUGAGAAAAAUAAACAAAUAAAAUUAAGAAACACUUACUAAAAUUAGUUAAUAAGAUAUUGAAAUUGUAGAUUCCACAUCAAGAAUGAUGUCAUCAACUAAAAGAUCAAAUUAUUAAUUACCUAUUUAUAGUGAAAAUGAUUCAAUCAUAUAAAAAUGCGAUACUGAAAAUAAUUUGAAAUCUCGUGAAACUGAAUCCCCUAAUUUAAAAUCUAUUACAGAUUUCAAAAAUAAAAUAUUUGGAAAUUACAUAAAAAGAGUUAGUAAAUAAAAUAGUCAACCUACUUUAUUAUCAACUUAAACUAGUUAUCGGCAACAUUGUAAACCUUUAAGAAAUUUACUCCUAUGUAGUGGAAUUCAAUUAGGAGAAUCUAAAACUAAUAUUAGAGAUAAAAGUUAUUACACUAGGGCUGUAUUUUUUCCAACUGAAUCAAAUAUAGCAAAACAUUGCUCUUUGUAAUAAUCAUAAUAUUAAUUUUGA